GCUCUCAUUUAUCAUCAAUACGGCUACUGGGAUUCAAGUGCUGUUCAUGACAUGCAACAAUAAAAAAGACAAUCUCCUACAUUAUUUGCAAAACCUGUCAGAAUUAGCUGCCGAUAUUUUCUGUUCACCCACAACCUAGAAACAACAAUGUCCUCAGUACUUUUAAAGUGGAUUUUGAUGUGCAUAUUUUGGAGCCCAGUGUUGUCUACAAUGAAAUGGCGUCUUGAAGUACGCACAGGUACUCUAGAUCAUUCCAAGACAGACGGAAAUGUAUAUUUCCAGUUAGUAGGAGAUGUUCAAAGAUCACAAGAAUUUAACUUAGAUGGGCCUGGUAACGAUUUUGAACAAGGGGCAGUUAAUGUUUUUCAACUUCAAACUCCAUAUCUUGGACAACUGCGAUCUGUGAAAGUAUCCUAUUGGUCUUCAGAUGGUUGGUACUUGGUAAAGAUGAUUCUUAAAAAUCUGAUUACAAACGGAACAUGUACAUUUGAGUAUAAUGGUUGGUUUACUCAGACCUUUUCUUGGAGUGCAAUCAAUCUAGACUGUGCGUAUGUCUUGAGAUCCUCUAGUUCUUUACAUACGACCAGCAGAACAAGAGAAAUGACCAGUUCUUUGAGAUUAAAAACGGUACAACCAUCUCCCACCUAUUUUUACCAUACAUCUACAUCUAGAACUUUGAUCGAGUCCUCGAAACAAAGAUUAGAAGCUGCAAAAACGUCAACCAAACUACAUCCGUCAUCAUCAUCCAUGAAUGAACAUCAAACAGUGACUGCAUCAGAAGACCCGAAAAGAUCACUCGCAGACAACCCUGAUAUCUCCUUAACAACAUCACAAGCCAUGCAAACUUCAACACCUCCGCUUUUUACCGCAGAAACUUCCAGCAACACAUUAGAUCCCGUUCAAGUGGAGCAAACAACAACAGGACUAGACCCGAUACUUAGUUCUGCAUAUGUAUUUUCAACAAAUAGUAUUUCAGAAUCAUUCUCCUAUACCCCUGUGUCUUCCACCCAAGAAUUUGUUUCUAGUAGCAAACAAUGUAUUCCAGUACAGGUUAUUGAGAACGGAACUCCCUCCAAGGAAAACAGCUCUUGUGUCUGUCGUGUGAUGAAUUCUUCCUCACUGUCAAAGGAAGCCAAGAUUAAGCAAUUAAUUAAAGAACUGACCGUUGAUCCGAAAUCAUUGUCUAAGUAUAAAAGGAAGAAAAUAAGCGCUCCUGACCACAGGGUUUCAGCUCAGGCCAUAGGAUAUGUUGGGGUGGUAACAUUAGUUGCACCUUUUGCGUUGCUUGUUAUUCUUGAUCUCAUGACUUUCAUGAAAUAUUACUUAGGAAACUAAGACCUAUGAUGUCCCUACAAUAUAAAAA